AUGGCUUCCAUAGACGGUGCCGCCGCCGCCGCCUCAUCUGUGUCAACAGCAGAACAAGAUCCAAAAUGUAUAACUGACAGGGUCACUAGCCUACCACUGGUCAGCUCCGCCUACGACAUGGUGUCCUCCGUUUACACCUCCACUAAAGAGAGCCACCCCUAUGUGAAAUUGGUCUGUGAUGCGGCAGAGACGGGGGUCAAAACCAUCGCUGCAGCUGCCGCCAGUGGGGCCCAGCCCAUCUUGACUAAGCUGGAGCCACAGAUCUCGAGCGCCAACGAAUACGCUUGCAAGGGGCUGGAUAAACUGGAGGAGAAGUUGCCGAUCCUUCAACAGCCGACCGAUAAGAUCUUUUCUGACACCAAAGAGCUGGUGACUUCUACCGUGUCGGGGGCCAAAGAUGCUAUCAGCAACACUGUCACGGGGGCCAGGGAUGCCGUCACCAGCACAGUGACCGGGGUGGUUGACAAGACCAAGGAGGCGGUCCAAGGAGGCGUGGAGAUGACCAGAUCGGCAGUGGCCACCAGCGUCAACACGAUGAUGACCUCCUCAGUGGGUCAGAUGGUGGCCAGUGGUGUGGAUGCCAUGCUGGAGAAGUCCGAAGGCCUGGUCGAUCACUACCUUCCAGUAACAGAGGAGGAACUGGUUCAACUGGCCACCUCCAUGGAAGGUUUUGACAUGGCCACCGUGGCAGAGCAGCAAGAGCAGCGGGGCUAUUUUGUCCGCCUGGGGUCCCUCUCGAGCAAAGUCCGCCACCGGGCCUACCAGCACUCCCUGGGCAAGCUGAGGAAUGCCAGGCAGGGCACUCAAGACGCCCUUUCCCAGCUCUCCCAGACAAUCGAACUGAUCGAGCACCUGAAGCAAGGGGUUGACCAGAAAAUCCAAAGUGCCCAAGAGAAAUUGCAUCAGAUGUGGCUGCAGUGGAGUCAGAAGGAGUCCCCUGAAGUCAGCCAGAAAGAUGCUCCUCAGCCAGAGAUUGAAUCUCAAGCUUUGGAGGUCUCCCGUGGCCUCGCUCAGCAGCUACACUCCACCACCGUGGCUCUGGUCUCCAACCUCCAAGGCCUCCCUGCCGGCAUCCAGGAGAAAGUGAGCCUCGUCCGUCAAAACGUCGACGAACUCCGGAUGUCAUUUUUAUCUGCCAAGUCCUUCCAGGACUUGUCUACGUCCAUCUUGGCCCAGAGCCGGGAGAGGGUCGCCCAGGCCCGCGAGCUGACAGAUGAGUUGAUGGAGUAUGUUACUCAUAACGCUCCGCUCUCCUGGGUGGUGGGGCCCUUUGCUGCAUCAGGCAAGCCAAAAAGGGAGGAAAUAGAGAUGCAGUAG